AUGUCAGAAGAUACGCUAAAUCAAUCAGAGACCGUUAAUGUUGCUUGUCUCGAUCUUCUUUUGCAGGAGGUAGUUCCAACUUCUAUUCGAGUUACGCAUACUCUUGGUGAAAAUAGGUUGAUAGAAGAAAAGAAAUCUAAAUUCAAAGAAACUAAAGUACAAGAUCCACUAUCAACAAUACCAAAAGAUUUUGCUGGAAGGGUUAAUGUUCUUGAGAGACUGUUGAGCGUUUCAGAUGAUGUGACUCUUAGGGUCGAGGGUUACGGUUACAGUUUGGGCCAGAGGAUAUCAGAGCUAUUGAUGUAUAGAUCAUCUCUUGUGUCUCCCAAUACCAAAUUCGUUGAUAUUUUAGAUAUCAUGAAAUUUGUAUGUCGCGAUGUGUGGAAGUGUUUAUAUGGAAAGCAAAUGGAUAAUUUACGAACAAACCACCGUGGAACAUUCGUCUUGGUAGACAAUAGUUAUAGACUAAUAUCAAGAAUGAACAGCCCGAAAGGAAUGCAUGACACAUUAAACAAGGCUAAGUGCUUUCUUUGGUUUCCAUGUGGCAUUAUCAGAGGGAUUUUAAUAAGUUUUGGUAUAGACGCAACGGUAACGGCUGAAGUCACCCAGUUUCCUUCUGUUACCUUCCAUAUUCAAACUUCUAUUAAUAACUAA